UCCAGCCGUGGUGACCCGGAGGACAGGAGUGAGGCAUGCAGCAGCCACUCAGUCACUCAUUUAGUCAAUUGUUUUCCCUCUAGCUCACUGCCGUAUUGUACCACUACAAGGAUUUGUACUAUACUUCUGUGAGACGCGAUUCUCUAGGAAAAGCCUUUUUCCUGUUUUUGAAGACAUUCCUGAUUCAUUUGAAAAGGAGAUUCCUGUUUUUUAAACUUUCUUCCCAUAAUUCCUGUGUGAUAUUUUGAUCCUGUCAUAAUCCCACUUUGGCUGCCGUUGUAUGUGAGUAUUGGAGUGGCUAGGAUUGGCUUGCUGUUGUGCCUCCACUGCCAAAGUUUGGAGAAGGGAGCGCUGUACCAAAUUUAACUGUAGUGGAGCUCAAAAGAGGGAGGAACCUCAGGAGAUGGUUUGACUUGGAAGAGAGAGCGAUCUUCUCUUGUGGAGCGGCAUCUUCUCUGUUGCAAAGAGAGAGAAGUCAUUGGGAAGAAAAAGGGAGUCUGAUGUGGGACAAUAGCACACGGUGUUGGAUUUGAGCAUUUUCUUGGACAAACACCAUUUAUUUUUGCAAAGAGGGAGAUAGAUAUUUUGUUUUGGGAACAAUUUUUUCCAGUUUAGCAACAUGGCUGGGAUGUAUGGAUGCUUCAAGGGCAGGAACAGUGAAAGCGCUGCCAUGGCAUCAGCACCUCCAGAUGUGAUGGUCAAUCAGGAGCCUGCUGAGGUCGUAGAAGAGUGCUCAGGAAAGAAGAAGUCCAAGUUCCAGACGUUUAAAAAAUUCUUUGCCAGGAAGAAAAGAAAGGAACCGCCAGCUGCAGGAGCAGACGCGGGGCUCAAAGCCAGCCAAUCAAGCGACAAUGUCAGCAAAACAUCCGAAAAUAACACGCUCACGCGAUCAGAGAAGGAAAAGGGCUCCGGGUCAAAGAUCAGCCUGGGCAACAAGGCCUUGUCACAUGACUCUGUCUUUGUUUCGGAGUCGUCGGAGGCCAACGAGGCUCUUGGGGCGUCUCAGGACAGCAUUCACGGGAAAGUGAAAUCACUACAGCUCCAGCUGAGGCAGGCCAUCAGGCUGGGCUCUCCGCCGUCCAUCAUGUGCGUGAAGAGAACGGACGAUGGUGGAACCAUGUCUGAGGACGACGGCCUGCCCUGUAGUCCACCUGAAUUAACGACACCUCACACAGUCAUGAAUCAGGCUCAGAGGAACAGCUCCAUCAGUCUGGAGGGAAUAGACACUGACGAUGACCAGCAGUCCUGUCCUGCCUCCAGCAGAGCGGUGAGUCCCCUGGUGGUCCCAGGAGACUUCAGUCAGCCGGCCAGUCCCUUCGGCUGUCUGGACAACUCUGCUGCCAAACACAAGCUGGGCCUGAGACACAAAGCCAGGAGGAAGCCAGUCAGCAGGCUGGAUCUUAAAGCAGAGGGAGACUCUGUGCUGGAGGACACACUGAACACCUCCAUAGCAGAAACUUCAGAGGAGCGAGAACAACAGAAGACAACAGAAGGUCUAAGUGGUGAUGAGCUGAAACUAAAGGUGGAUAAGGAAGAAGAAGACAAUGAGGAGGAGGAGCAGCCACAGCGUUCCAGACACUCCCUGUUGAGAGAUGAGGAGGAGAGGGCGGAGGGAGAGGACGAGUCCAAAGUAGAACAGGAUGUUUCUGACGGCCCGGACUCUUCCUCUCCUCCUGAGGAGGAAGCCCCAGACGCCCAGCCCCUGCCCUCCUCCAAGCCCAGCUCCAGAGCCUCCUCUCUGGACAGUGCCAGAGUCACACCAGAGUCCCCUGUUGGUCCAAGAGAGUAUUCGCUGGACCCUCCUGGCAUCGCCUACGGAGCAGAGGAGAAGGAGUUUGAAAGUGACUUGGAACUGAGCGGAGAAGAAGAUGGAGUCCAAGAAAGCAGGGAGGAGGAGAGCUCCUUCUUACAGGAAGUGCUGAGCUCCUUGAAGACUCCGAUGGCGUCUUGCUCGCUGGUCAUGGAGACUGAGGGUGCUGUCCUGCAGAUAGAGGAGGAUGUGAAUGAAAAGCAAAUAGAAGACGCCAAGAUAGAGGAAGGAGAGGAGGUGAAAGAAGAGGAAGCAGAGGCGAACGAGCCCGUCGGUUAUCAGGCUGCUCCCGCUGGAUCCCUCCUGUCAGAUCAGACCACAGAGGAAGAGGAAGAGGAAGAGGAAGAAGUCGCCACUUUGAGCACUACGUCUCGUCAAGAUGUUGAAGAAGAAGAGAAAGUUGAAGAUAAGGAAGAAGAAGGGGCAGCAGAGGUGGAGGAACUAGUGGUGGAACAACAACAAGAGGAAGGAGAGAAAGAGGAGGCAGAGGAAGUCACCCCCGAGGAACAAAACAAUAUGCUGACAGGAAACGCUGUCAACCAGGCAGAGGAAGAGGAAAGAGAAGAAAAAGAAGAAGAGAGUGAGGGAGAGGAGGAGGCGAUAGAGCUGGUGAAGGAGCCGGAGGUGGAGGAGGUGGGACGGGAGAAGAGGGAAGAGGAAGAGGUGGAGGUGGAGGUGAAGGAAGCAAAGGAGAGAGUGGAGGAGGCAGAGGAAGCAAUAGAAGAAGAGAGGGACAACGCAGAAGAGGUGAUGGAGAUGUUUCCUGAUGCAGCAGGUGAAGACGUUGCCAUGCCGCUGCAGGAGGAAGAUGAGGGUGUUGAUGUUGUGGUUGGAGAUGAUGCUGUGUGCGUCCCACAACACACAAAUGAUGAAGAAAUCCCUUCAGAGCUGGGGGAUGCUACGGUGCAAGACAGUCAAGCAUCUUCCUAUCAAAGCUUUGGAGAGGAGAGGGAAGAUGGAGAUGAGGAGGUGGAGAAAGACCUAGAGGUCGACCACACGGAACAAAAAUCCGAUCAAGAGGAGGAUGGGGAAGUGAACCAACCUGAGGAAGAUCAAAGUGAAGAAGAUGUGCAGCAGGAAGAUGUGGAAACAUCCCGUUCAGACAUGAAGCAAGAGGAAAUUGAUCCAAGUGAAGCCACAGAACAAGCUAGUGUUUCUUCCAAGCCGCCUCCUUUGUCUCUGCCAGAGUCCAAUUACGAGACUCAGCCACAAGAGAGUGGAACCAUCACUCCCAGUAGGACUACCACUAUCCACAUAAACCUACUCUCUCCAAGCUCAGAGAAAGCCCCAUCGUUCUUUCAACAGUCCCCAACUGAAGCACACCCCAAAGAAAGCGAGACACCUUGUGGUGCUGUAGAGCAAAAUACAGCAGCCACAGAAGAAGAAGAAGAACCGGCUGACAAUGUGGAAGCCAUAGAAGAAGAAAGACAGUUGGUGCCGGAGGGAGAAGCUACACCUCCUGCCGCUGUGGAGGAAGAGGUUAACCAGCCGUCCGGUGGUUCGGAUCAGAGCAAAGCCUGCUUCACCAUCGCCCCCGCCUGGCAGAGGUCCCUCUCUGUCGGGGAUGCAGAGGAGGAGAUAUCGCCCCCUCCCUCCUCCCCACCCACCUGCAUCUCCUCUUCGCUGUCCACCGUCACGGGGCGUGGAAGUGUGGAGGUGGAGGCUAAAACUAACCCCGAUGUGAAAGCAGAGCCAACGAGUCCAGCUAAGGUUGAACUGGCGUUGAGCCCUGGCAGAGUGAGGAAUGCUGGGACCACCACUGUACCGUCUCCAUCAUCUACUCAACCUCAGACCUCGUCUGCUGCGAGCACAGAAGGGAGCUCCAUCGUAGUGGAGGGAAACCCCGACAAUCCGUUUGGAGUUCGGCUGAGGAAGACAUCGGUUCUGCACCGCUUCAGCUCGGAGGAGGAAAGCACGGAGUCUCCCAUGGAGCCACCAGCUCAGCCAACCAGCUGUAGAGUUGACUCACCACAGCCAAUCAGUGUAAAGCCCUCCAUAAGUCCGCCAGUCAGCAACAAGCCCGCCCUCCCUAAGAAACCAGAUGUUCGCGGAGACAGCGGAGGGAAAAACAAGCGCAUGUCAGACCCAGCUACAGGUGUUGGUGUUUCUGGUGGAUCUGGUUCUCCCAGCUGGAUCUCUAUGGCCAAACACAAACAGAAGAUCUAUAAAGAAAACUCACUGGAUGAGAUUACUGUCCGGAAGGAGGAACCAGAGAGGAAGAAUUCACUGCCAAUGUAUGUCAGCUCAGCUGCGAGCAAGGAGCACAGCAACAGAACAGUUGAGUCCACCGGCAAAGUGAGUCCUUUGGAGCUCAGUAAGCCUGUAGAGAAGGAGGCCAGGAGGUCUCUCUCUCCUCCAACUCCAGUGCCACCUCAACCUCCUAAAUCCCAGUCGCUCCCCUGCCCUGUACCUCCAAAACCCCAGCUUCCCCCCACCGCCAAACACCCACCCCAACCUACCUCACCCCACAUAUCUCUGUCACCCACUACUCCGAUUCCCGUUCACCUAAAAUCUCCCUCCUGCACGAGCCCGAUGUCUCCCUCCAAACCCGCCACCUCACCUAAGACGCCCCAGAGCACAACACUUACCUCCCCUCCUUUUUCAUCAAGAACCGCCCCGGAGAAGUCGAGAUCUCCGGGGCUUUCCAGCCAGACCCCGGCCUCCCAGCGAGGCCUGCCUGCCCCAGCGUCGCCCCAGGAUGAGCCUCCCUGGAUGGCCCUGGCCAAGAAGAAGGCCAAAGCCUGGAGCGAGAUGCCCCAGAUCGUCCAGUGACGGCCACAGGUUCCAGUGAGAUCUUGUAAAUAGGGGCCCAAGCGGGUCAGAUCUGAAAGGGGGUUGAAGAGUCUGGAUGGACCAGAAUGCAUUUGCACACAAAGAGUUGCUGUUUUUCUGUUGUUUUCUUACUUCCUGGCUUCUGGCUUCAGAUUGGUACAAACCCUCCAAUCACAGCUAAAGACUCAGGCUCAGUUUAACUCCUUUCUUUACGUCCUCAUGUUGUACAUUCAUGUUUUCUAAAUGACAGGGUAGGACCCAAAAACGUUAAGUGGAUCCAUUUUUUUUCAAGUCUUAGUAUGUUAAAAAUGUGCCUGAAUGAGAGGAAAUACCUGCAGUCUCACAGCAGAAAAUAUACAUUUCUAUCUAAAGUUACUCAGAUGAUUCCACCCGAUAUCACUAAAUAUUUCAGGGAAGACAGAAUUAUUUUAUAAAGAAUAAACUUUAUUCACAGAAAGUUAAAAGUGAUGAUAAAGAGACAAAAAUCUUUGUCUUUCUGUCAGUCUAUGUAUGUGUGUGUGUGUAUUUUAAGGCAGUGAUACAUGCUCACAUUUUGAGGAAUGUGGAAAAAAUUGAGACCAGAGAGUGAAAUGGGAUAACAUCCGAGGUAAGCCGUAGAAGAAUUUGCUGCUGGUCAUGAGUUUUGGUAAAAUGUGCUGAUCCACGUUUCCUCAAUCUGCCGACCGUGUAUCAGCUUCUUUAGACAAAUAUAUUUCUUGUAACACGAUUCACUCACAUUUAACUAACGUUUGUUGUGUUAGCGAGUGCUGAGUGUGUCCAACAUGUUCCAGGUUGUCAAUGUAAAUUAUAUUUUUAAUUUUCUGUUUUGAUAUUUUGCAUACAUAACUACACAGGCAUCCUGCAGAAAUCUGUCAUCUCCACAAGUCAUCUGUUCAGGAAUCAAGGAAAACAUCCCCAAAGUCAUCACAUUGACUGCCAUGUGUUUUUAAUACUUUUCAAGGCAGCGUGUAACAAAACAUUGAAAUCAAACAGAAAUCAAUACACUGCUAUUUAGUCACACUGCAGCAUCACUAAAGGAAAGCAGAUUUCACAGCUUAAAUCUUAACUGUCUCACAGUAACUAUAUAUAUGUUUUAUGCGUUUUGUCUUAUUUUGUAUUGCCUUUUGAGAAUUUGUCUUGUACAUAAAAUGUGCAGUAAAGAACAAAUGAAAUCAGUUUU